AUGGACUCUUCACGGAAGGCAUCGCACAACCUGUUCGAGGUUUACCUACGACUACGACCGCCUCCCUUGCGACACGGUGAUGGCGAGCGUAUUCUCGACGUCGAAACUCCAGAGGACGAUUCGAAACCCAAACACGUCGUCUUGAACCCCCCUACCGACCGACGAAGAGCUAUCGAGAAGUUCGCGUUUACCCGUGUGUUUGAAGAAGAAACCAACCAGCUCGAUGUGUUUCACGGCACAGAGAUCGUCCCCUUUGUUGAGGGCGUCCUCGCUCCUAAUGGUGGUGAGGGAACCGAUGCUGUCGUUGCUACACUGGGAGUGACAGGUUCGGGCAAGACGCACACCAUCCUCGGCAGCAAAUCCCAACGGGGAAUGACCCAGCUCGCAAUGGACGUCCUCUUUCGAUCGAUCGGCGAAAAUAUGAUAGACGGCAACGACUUGUUCAACGCCCAAGACUCCCUUCAGGAGUGUGAUGGUGCAGAUUCGUCCUUGACCAUCGCGUCGCAUUUCCUGAGUCCCUCGUUCCGCGAUUCAGUAGCAUCGAGAGCGCCUUCUCGAGCUGCCACACCAGGAGUACGACCCCCGACCUCAGCCCUUUCCUGUCUCAACAUUCCUACAACCCGUCAAGCUUCCCGUCUCGCCAACGCGUCGUCUGUGGACUACACAGCAAGUCCGAAAAGUAAACGUCCUGCUGAACACGAUGAUAAACCACCCCUUGGAUCCAUCGCUGCAUCUGCCAGUGCAAUGAACUGUUCUCCGACGCCCAAGCGGGUCACACGACACUUCAUGUCCCUCCGCUCUGCCACGUAUGUGAAGAAUAUUGCUAAACAAAGUGUAAAGGGCGACCGCAGUAUGAUGUCCCCGCCGCCGCCUCGAAUCGUCGCAACACGUCCUUCAGCUUUCCCCGAGCAGCCCGAUGUUAGCAACACCGAUGUUCAAUGCGACCCGUCAGCAGAGUAUGCUAUUGUCAUCUCCAUGUACGAAGUUCACAACGACCGAAUUUACGAUCUCCUGACACCAGCUGUCAAAUCCGGAAACACAAAGGAGCCCCGACGCCGAGCGCUAUUGUUCAAGUCGACAGAAUUAUCACAGGACCGAAAGGUUGUUGCAGGCCUACGGAAGGUCAUCUGCUCAAACUAUACCGAAGCCUUGUCAGUCGUUGAGACCGGCUUGCAGGAGCGCCGCGUUACUGGUACCGGUAGCAACAGUGUGUCGAGUCGAAGCCAUGGUUUCUUCGUAUUCGAAGUGAAGAAGCGAGCACGAAGCAGAAAUCCCGGACCUUGGGGAGGAAGCAAGUUCACGAUCGUUGAUCUGGCGGGUAGUGAACGAGCGCGGGAAGCCAAGACUGCCGGCGCCACGCUAGCAGAGGCCGGCAAGAUUAACGAAAGUCUAAUGUAUCUGGGCCAGUGCCUCCAAGCGCAAAGUGACGCUGCAAGCUCGAACAAGCCCAACACCGUCCCCUUCAGACAAUGCAAACUCACUGAGCUGCUGUUCUCCAACUCUUUCCCUUCAUCCUCUUCUACACAAUCACAGUCUCCUCGCCGCAACCCCCAAAGAGGUGUAAUGAUCUUUACGGCCGAUCCUCGAGGAGACUUCAACGCUACAUCACAGAUCCUUCGAUAUAGUGCUCUCGCUCGUGAGGUCGCCGUGCCUCGUGUCCCUUCUAUCACAAGCACUAUUCUCUCGCCCACUACACCGGGUCCCAACCGUUCAAUCAGCCCAACCCUCCACCAUAACCAUUUGCGCCCAGUAGUGCCAUCACACCAUGUGUCGUAUAGGAACUACACCCCCCAGAUGAGCGCUGAUGACCGUGCUACCAUGGAGGUUGCCGCCCUUGAGAUCGCCAGACUUAGUGAGGAGGCCGAUAAGUUGCGCGAGCAAGCUGAUCAACUACGCGAGAUCGUGGACCAAGAGACCGAAGCACGAUAUGUCGCUGAAGCUCAUCUUCAAUCCAUGGAAGAUCGCAUGGAGGACCGCAUGCUUGAUCUCGAAGCAGCCAUUCGUGAACAAUGCGCCAUCGAGUUCGAGGACCGUCUCGCUCUUGAGAUGGCCCGCUGGAAGAACUCGAUGUCUAUUGAGCACGAACGCACCGAAGAGCACUGGGACCGCAAGGUGGAAAUCCUCGAACGUGGCUUGGCUACUGACGAUGACGGCGAUAAAGAGAAUGUCCUCAUCGAAGAUCUCGAAGACGAAGUCGAAAGACUCCGUCGCGAGAACGGUAUCCUCAAGCGCGAACUCGCCUCCCGCAGCCCAACAAAGCGCAAACCCCUCGGAGAGCGUGAAGAUUUCGUCGGCCCUGCCACGAAGCAACCAAGAGAAGGCGACAGCGUUACGAACCUAGGUCGCAAACUGGAGCGCAUGCGUGUUGGCGGUGAAAAGGCAAAGGCUGUACCUAUCAGUGGUAGUGGUAGUCCCAAGAAGAUCCGUCGGCUGGGGACCAAGAAGUGGGAGCACGAUGAAGAUCUGGAGUAG